GGUUCACAAAAAACAAUUUUUUGAUCAACUUAUUUACAUUUUUGCCAAUUUCUAAAAGAAUUAGAAAUGUCGCAAAUAAAUGAGAAAAGAAGAACAAUAUCUAUCAAAGAUAAACUCAAAGUUAUUGAAAAAGCAAAAUGUGGAGAGUCACGAGCCAACUUAAUGAAAGAAUUCAAUAUUGGUUCUUCAACAUUAUCAGCUAUAAUAAAAUAUCAAAAAUCUAUUGAACUGAAAGCAAGAGAGAAUCCUUUGUGCUUAGAAUCAAAAAGAAUGAAGCCAGCAAAGUUCCAAAGAGUGGACGAAGCUCUCAUGGUUUGGGUUCGUCAAAUGCGUACUGGAAAAUUUCGUCUGACAGGACGAAUUAUUAAGCAAAAGGCAUUAGAAUUUGCAGAAUCUAUGGGAAUAGUUGAUUUCAAGGCUUCUGAGGGUUGGCUUUGUAAUUUUCAAAGAAGAAAUGGCAUCAUCAGACCAAGGCAAGGAAAUGCGAUUAGUUCUAAACUAAAUAUUGAUGACUCUAACACAAUCCACGAAAGGCUUACCAAUAACUGGAUUCAAUUGGAACUCGUACCUCUUCUUGCUGAAUUUCCUGAAGAGAACAUUUUUAAUCUCGACGAAUUUGGAAUAUUUUGGAAAGCAACACCUAGCAGAAGUUCGGAAUUGAGAGGUGAAACUUGUUCGGAUGGCAAACUUAGUCGCAACAGACUUUCUAUACUCAUAGGAGCAAAUAUGUCAGGAACCGAAAAAUUGCCAUUGCUAAUAAUUGGCAAGUCAGAAAAUCCUCGCUGCUUUAGGAACGUUAAAUCCCAAGUCAAGUCGUUGUAUCGAAACAAUUUAAAAGCAUGGAUGACACCUUUCUUAUUUGAGGAUUUCUUCGUCGAAUGGGAUAAACAGCUGCAGGUCGAAAAUCGUUUUGUCGUGGCAAUAGUCGAUAAUUGUUCAGCACAUACCAAAAGUGUUUCUUAUCUCCUUAAAAAUAUUAGACUCGUCUUUUUCCCUUCAAAUUGUAGUUCAGUUCCACAGCCUAUGAACAUGGGAAUAGUGAAAAAUUUCAAACAACUUUAUAGAACAGAAUUAGUCAGCAAUCACAUGAAAAUUAUAGAUGGAAAGGAAUCAAUCGAAAAUAAUGUCCUGGAGGCAAUCGACAUUCUCGUUCAGUCAUGGGAUAAAAUAUCACCACAAACGAUCAGCAAUUGCUUCAACACAGCGGGAUGGAAACAAGAUUUUAUGAUCGAUGAACAAAUAUAUGACUGGGAUCCUCUUGAGCAGAUGCAGAUAGACGAAAAAUUCAUAAACUUUGAUAAUAAUUUAGUUUCGUCUGGGUUGCUAACAGAUGAAGAGAUUUUACAAACUGUCGCUGAAAAAGAUGAAGAUGAUUGUGAUAAUUUCGCCAUAAAUGAAGUACAAUAUAAAGAAAUCGACAACUACGAAACUGAAAACCCAGUCGACAAUUUCGACUUUGCUGAUUCCAUAGGAGCUCCCGAAAAUAACUUCAAAGUAGAAGUCAUUGUUAAAGAAGAAACUGAUCAUGAUCACGACUAUCUAAAUAUAACCGAAAAUCAAGUUGAAUGUAAGCAAUACGACGAUGAUAACAUUGCUGAUUGCUUAAGAGCUCAUGAAGAUAGUCUGCUUGCAAGCAAAAAUAUUUCAGCAGAAGUUCUCAACACAUUUUAUUUAUUGAAGAAAGCAUUACACUUCUAAAAGUCCCUUCUUAGAUAACUUAAAUCAUUUUUAGAAUUAAGGGUAAUAAAGUUAUUUUUAAAAAGAAGUCAUUAUGUCAACAUCAUCAA